UCGGAUCGUCCUUGUUUCCUAUUUCCUGGAGCGAGCGAGGAAGCGCGAGGGAGAAGCGAGGGAUCCUGUUCUCGACGCGCUCAUUUUUGCUCUUGGCCUCGUCAUCUUGCUCACGCUCCUUCGAUUUGCGUGAAUUUUCUCGCGGAAAGGAGAUGAAGUACGUGCUGGUGACCGGAGGAGUGGUGAGCGGAUUGGGCAAAGGGGUGACGGCGAGCAGUAUUGGAGUCCUCCUCAAGGCAUGCGGCCUCCGCGUCACCUCCAUAAAGAUUGAUCCUUAUUUAAACACUGAUGCUGGAACUAUGUCUCCAUUUGAGCACGGGGAAGUAUUUGUUUUAGACGAUGGUGGCGAGGUGGAUUUGGAUCUUGGAAAUUAUGAAAGGUUUCUUGAUAUCAAGUUAACUCGUGAUAAUAAUAUCACUACCGGGAAAAUCUAUCAGUCUGUCAUUGACAAGGAAAGGAGGGGUGACUAUCUUGGAAAAACAGUUCAGGUUGUCCCACACAUUACUGGUGAGAUACAGGAGUGGAUUGAACGCGUAGCAAUGAUACCCGUGGAUGGCAACGAAGGACCUGCUGAUGUCUGUGUCAUAGAAUUAGGUGGAACAAUAGGUGAUAUUGAGUCAAUGCCCUUCAUUGAAGCUUUGGGUCAAUUCUCUUACCGUGUUGGCCCUGGUAAUUUCUGUCUGGUUCAUGUCAGCCUUGUACCAGUAUUGAAUGUUGUUGGUGAACAGAAAACUAAGCCAACUCAACAUAGUGUUCGGGGUCUAAGAGGACUUGGAUUAACACCAAAUAUUUUGGCAUGCCGCAGUGCAAAGCCACUGGAGGAAAAUGUUAAAGAAAAACUUUCACAAUUUUGUCAUGUUCCGGUACCUAAUAUUGUCACCCUUCAUGAUGUUACGAACAUUUGGCACAUUCCUCUAUUAUUGAAGAAGCAGAAGGCACAUGAAGCUCUCAUAAAAAUUUUACAACUCCAAGGAGUUGCUAAGGAACCUAGGUUGGAUGAAUGGACAAGAAGGGCUGAAAUAUGUGACACAUUGCAGGAUCCUGUCAGAAUUGCAAUGGUCGGAAAAUAUACUGGUCUUUCUGAUGCUUAUCUCUCGGUCUUGAAGGCACUUUUGCAUGCUGCUGUUGCUUGCCAAAGGAAACUGGUUGUGGAUUGGAUAGCAUCUCCUGACCUUGAAGAAACUACUGAAAAAGAGGCUCCUGAAGUCCACAAAAAAGCUUGGGGUCUAUUGAAAGCAGCAAAUGGCAUACUAGUUCCAGGAGGUUUUGGGGAUAGGGGCGUGCAAGGAAAAAUACUUGCUGCUAAAUAUGCUCGUGAAAACAAAGUGCCUUAUCUUGGAAUUUGUCUUGGAAUGCAGAUUGCUGUGAUUGAAUUUGCUCGAUCUGUUAUGAAGUUGCCAUAUGCAAACAGUACAGAGUUUGCCCCUGAUACAAAGACACCGUGUAUUAUCUUCAUGCCUGAGGGCUCUAAAACUCAUAUGGGCGCUACGAUGAGGCUUGGAUCUAGGACGACAUAUUUUGAAGUCCCUAACUGUAAAGCUGCGAAACUGUAUGGUAAUGUUAAUUUUGUUGACGAACGACAUCGGCACCGAUAUGAGGUAAAUCCAGAUAUGGUCCCAGAAUUUGAGAAGGCUGGACUUGCUUUUGUCGGUAAAGAUGAAACCGGAAAGCGAAUGGAGGUUAUUGAGCUCCCCGAUCAUCCUUAUUUUAUCGGAGUGCAAUUUCAUCCAGAAUUCAAAUCUAGACCUGGAAAACCAUCUGCUCUUUUCUUAGGACUAAUCGCCGCCUCGAGCGGGCAGCUCAAUACUUUGCUAAGAACUCCUUUCGCUUCCGAUGCAGCACCACCUAGACUCCCUUCGAUGAAUGGUCCUGUGACACUAAAACCUCACCAGAAUGGGAAUUUGAAGAAGCUCACCAAUGGCCUCGCCAAUGGAAACUACCAUGCCAACAGCAUCAAUGGCAAUGGUGUGCAUGUGUGAUUUUUGCACUGACGUGCAUCUGCUGCUCCCUUUUUUGCCAUGUCUACUUUCGUUCUUACGUGUCGAGGCUACUCUUUGCGCUCCAUCGAGGAAGAAGUUUGCGAACUCGAGGGACUAUGAGGCAUGGUGCUGUUCUAAGGUUUUACGAGAGAGCAAACAUCCUUGUUCCUCUUGGCUUCGUUGAGGGGGACUUUGGUAUAACUUUUUUUGUAUAAAGAAUUAACUUAUUUUUUAAAUUUUGGUUGUGAAGUAUAUCUUGAAUUUGUUUUUAUUA